UUAUCAUUCAAUCCUCAAAGCACACUGGUGGCUACUGGGAGCAUGGACACAACGGCCAAACUGUGGGACAUUCAGAAUGGAGAGGAAGUGUUCACUUUAACAGGACAUUCUGCUGAAAUCAUCUCUUUGUCCUUUAACACCUUGGGAAACAGAAUCAUCACGGGAUCUUUUGAUCAUACUGUUGCAGUGUGGGAAGCUGAUACUGGAAGGAAGGUGUAUACCUUAAUCGGGCACUGUGCUGAAAUUAGCAGUGCUCUAUUCAACUGGGAUUGCUCUCUGAUAUUAACUGGCUCUAUGGACAAGACCUGCAUGCUGUGGGAUGCCACAAAUGGAAAAUGUGUGGCCACGCUGACAGGCCACGAUGAUGAAAUACUAGACAGCUGUUUUGAUUACACCGGAAAACUUAUUGCAACUGCUUCAGCCGAUGGAACAGCAAGAGUUUUCAGUGCAGCCACAAGAAAAUGCAUUACCAAAUUGGAAGGCCAUGAAGGCGAAAUUUCAAAGAUUUCUUUCAACCCCCAAGGGAAUCAUCUUCUGACUGGCAGCGCUGACAAAACAGCUAGAAUCUGGGAUGCUCAGACUGGUCAGUGCCUCCAGAUUCUCGAGGGGCACACGGAUGAGAUCUUUUCAUGUGCUUUCAACUAUAAAGGCAACAUAAUCAUUACAGGUAGCAAGGAUAAUACGUGUAGGAUAUGGCGCUGACUGAAGAAAAAGGCAGUUGAUGAACAAAUUUGCUAGUAAUGGAGAUCAAGACCUGGAGCUUCACAGAGAGCAAGCAGGCUGUUUUGAUAUUUCAUGUUUUCUCUCUUUCCAAAAGUCAGCAAUUUAUACACUAUCCUUAGCUUCAUGGAUAUGACCAUUAAAACUGAUAAAGUUAUAUCAUUUCUUGAUAUUAUUUGAUGAGAAUGACAGGAAAAAGCAUAAUGUUUGGCAAAUGUCACUGGUCAUUUCAAUUUUGUUUUUAUUUUUAGUAGCAUCAUGGUAGUGAUUAAGGAAACCAGAGUGAUUUAACAGUGUGUCUCCAAGAUUCUACUUUGUAAGCUAUUAUAAUUUCUGUUGAAUAAAGUUUUUGGA